UUCUCACUGAAAUAUAAUUGGCAACACCUCAGAGAGUGGUUAGCUAGUUAGUAGUUCUGCGUGGUUAAUAUUUGUUCCUGUCACACAGCGACAAGAAUGCCAACACUGUCACUGUGUUCAGCAUACAACUGCAAAAACCGCAGCCCCAAAACUGGUGUGGGAUUUUUUAGAUUCCCCAAAAAUGACCCUGAAAGACGCAAACAAUGGAUUAUUAAUAUGAAGUGUAAAGGGUGGAAUCCGCAACAAAACCACCGUGUGUGCUCUGUUCACUUUGAAGACAAGUAUAUUUGCGGGAGGGACAUACGUCAACGCCUCACGCCAGACGCAGUCCCGACUAUAUUCGACUAUCCAAAAAACUUUCAAAAGAAGAGUAUUACCUGGGCAGUCAAAGAUGUUUCCCCGAAGGUGGCAUGUGAGAACAUGGAGUUCCAACUUCCACUCCUCAAGCACAUAAUAGAGAUCAAAGACGCAUGGGAGUGGCUGGUUAUAGACAUCAGAGGGCCGCUACCCUUGACAUUGAACGGACACCAGUACGUUCUGACCUUGACAGACUUCUACUCCAAAUGGGUGGAGGCCUUCCCCCUGAGAGGUUGUAGCUCUACUGAGGUAGCACAACAUGUAGCAGAAGUCAUCUCUCACUUUGGCUUCCCUUUUGGAAUCCUUGUUCGACUGAAGAAGAACUUUACCAGUAAGAUCAACGUUGCUUUGAAGAGUCUUCUGAAGCUGAGUGGGUUCUCUCUCUUAUACCGUCAUCGGCAAGUUGGAUCACUGGAUCUGACCACACAAACCCUGAUCAGCAGGAUGGUGUCUGAUCUUGUGAAUGACCAUCCAUACAACUGGGAUGUCUGCCUCCCUGCAAAGGUGUUCAGCCUGUGUUUCAAGGAGCACCCCAAGACCAAGCAGAGACCUUUCUCUCUGCUGUGCUGCAAAGGACCACAGCCGGUCACCACCCCUAGGGAUCUGUCUUUCAGUCCUGCAGAACUCAGAGAGAGUUCCUUUGCAAUCCAGUCAAAUCAAGAGGGUGGGCAUGACACUGAUCCGCAAGGCAUGGUUGGCAUUGAAUCUGGGAAGGAAACGGCUGGAAAGAGCACAGUUACAAGGGUCUCCUUUUUUAGGAGCAACACAGAGAGUAACACAGACGGUAACCCCAACAGUGAACCAUCCUCUGAAGAUCAUCAUGCCAUGGAAACCUGAAUCAUUUAUUGGAUCAGUGCUCUAUCAGUCAUGCUGCCAUAUUUUUGGGGAAUAGGUUAUUUUGGUUUUCUAAGGUGUCUUCAUUUUGUUGAAAAACACUUCGGUUCAAUGUUUGGCUGGUGCACUGUUUCAAGAUUGUUAGCAGAGACAUCAGUGUGGGUCAGGAAUUUAUGUACCACCUGCAUCAAUUCAAUCAGCCAAAACAUCAUGCAUAGAUGAUUGAUUAAUGAUAAGGUGAUCCCUAAAAGCAAUUGCUUUAUUUUGAAAUCAAAUUGUAUUUGUCAAGUGCUGAAUUCAACAGGUGUAGGGUGUACUGUGAAAUGCUUACUUAAGAAAGGAAACGGUAAAAAUAAAGUAACAACAACCAGGAUCUAUACAAGGAGUAACAGUAUGGAGUUCAAUGUGUAGGGUACGUGGUAGUUGAGGUAAUAUGUGGGGGUAAAAAUGACUAGGCAAUAAGGAUAGAUCAUUAACAGAGUGGCAGCUGUGCUGUGUGUGUGUGUUGGAGUGUCAGUGUAGUAUGUGUCAAUGUGUGGGUAGAGUCCAGUGAGUGCAUAGAGCCAGUGCAAAAAGGGGGGUCAAUGUAAAUCGUCGGGGUAGCAAUUUGAUUAGCUGUUCAGCAGUCUUGUGGUUUGGGGGUAGAAGCUGUUAAGUUGCUUUUUGGUCCCAGACUUGUCGCUCCGGUCACGCUUGCCACGCGGUAGCAGAGGGAAGUCUAUGACUUGGGUGGCUGAAGUCUUUGACCAUUUUUAAGGCCUCCCUCUUACACCGUCUGGUGUAGAGGGUCUGUGUAGCAUGGAGCUUGGCCCCAGUGAUGUACUGGGCUGUACACACUACCCUCUGUAGCGCCUUGUGGUCGGAUGCCAAGUAGUUGCCAUACCAAGAGCUGAUGCAGCCAGUCAAGAUGCUCUCAAUGGUGCAGCUGUAGAACUUUUUAAAGAUCUGAGCGCCCAUGCCAAGCCUCCUGCGGGGGGGGGAGGCAUUAUCAUGCUCUCUUCACAACUGUGAUGUCUUUGAAUCGUGAUAGGUCCUUAGUGAGUUGUACAACGAAGAACUAGUAGCUCUCAACCUGCUCCUCUAGAUGUGAAUGGGGGUGUGCUCAGCCCACUGUUUCCUGUAGUCCACUAUCAUCAAUUUUGUCUUGCUGACGUUAAGGGAGAGGUUGUCCUGGCACCACACUGCCAGGUCUCUGACCUUCCUGUAGGCUGUCUCAUAAUCGGUGUUCAGACCUUACUUGAUCUUGAUUACAAAGGACAUGAAGACAAAUGCAUUUCUUGCUAUUUUAAUCAUAUGUACCAUACUAAGCACUCUUGAGGCCAUAUUAUAAUUCCAGUUGGGGGCAUGGGAGCAGCCAUGCUGGUGGGAGCACGGUCACUGAUGUCUGACAUGGGUAAAUCCGUUUUUAAUUUAAUCACUUUUUAACAGCAACCCUUUUGAUUUGAACAAAACCUCAUACGCAUACUGAACCAAAAUAUAAACAACAUUUCAAAGAUUUUACUGAGUUACAGUUAAUAUAAGGAAAUCAAUCAAUUUUUAAAUAAAUGAUUUAGGUCCUAAUCUAUGGAUUUCACUCCACUUGACUGGGCAGGGGUGCAGCCAUGGGUCAGAAUGCAUUUUUACCCACAAAAGGCCUUUUUUACAGACAUACUGUUUACACGUGGUCUACAGUUGUAAGGCCAGUUGGACGUAGUGCCAAAAUAUCUAAAACAACGUUAGGAGCUGCUUAUGGUAGAGUAAUGUACUUUCAAUUAUCUGGAAACCGCUCUGGUGGACAUUCCUGCAGUCAAGCGUGCCAAUUGCACGCUCCCUCAACUUGAGACAUCUGUGGCAUUGUGUUGUAUGACAAAAUUGCAAACAAUUCUAGGAUAUUUUAUUUCAGCUCAUGAAGAAUGGGACCAAAACUUUGCAUUUAAAAAAAAAAAUUUGUUCAGUGUAUUUUAUAAUUUCGUGAAAGAAAAAAAUGAAAUAUCUACUGAAAUAGCAACUCGUGCUUGUCUUUUAUUUUCAGUUCAUCCACCAGCUGAAAAUACUUUUAUUUUUUAGUUUAUUGAAAAGCUAUUUAAUGGUACAAUGAUUCUGAACACUAUGGCUUGAAAAAAAUAAAACUAUCAUUCAACUGCUCUGCAGCUAUACAAGGGACAUUUUCUGAAUUUCAAUGCAAAAAUAUUACGUAUAGCUUCUUUAACCGGGUCAACUUUGAUCUCCUUGGCAUUCAGGUCCAAAAAUUAACUUUCUUACUAAUUCCAUGAUCAAACAUGUUGGAAAGCUUUUUUUUUUAAAGCAUCCCUUUUGAUUUAAACAGUGAUCGUAUUCAAAUAUUUUUACCCACUUGCAAAUAUUUCUCAUGGCUCUCAUCAAAGGCUGGAAUACGAACCACAUGGAAUUGAGUUAUUUGUUAAAUGCAAAGACGUGUAUGCUUUAUAAUGUAUUUAUUAUGGGUGUCUCUUGUUAUUGUGGCGCAUGCAGGUGGAGUUUUAACCAAAUGUACAAUUUAAGAAAUAUUCUCAAAACAAGGGAAGUUUAAAAAUCCAGCAAAAGCUACAAUAAACAAACCCAAGCCAUGGCCAACACAAUAGUAUUUUAUAAAGGCAGUGCCUGUCUGCUUGUUAUUGAACUGCCCAUUUUUUUUGUCUAUAUAUUGCCUCUAAGUCCUUUUGUAAGCUUGUUUUGUGUCGGGGAGUAGGGUUACGGAUGAAGCUGCUGUGGGUGCCGGUGUUGUCUGGAACGUCACAUGGGAAACAAAUGGCACAAAGCACUGUCCAGGGCAGUUCAGGGCUGGACCAGUCCACCACUACUGGUGCCACAGACAUCCGGGGCUACAGACAGCUGGCGCUUCGGCGAAUAGCUGCAUCUGUGCAUGAUUGGAAGUGGUCCAGCCGGUGCUGUGCGUGUUUAGUUUUGCCUGCCCUGCUGUGUUUUGGAUAGCUGUUAUACAUGCUCUUCUUGGUUGUAUUGAGGGGCAGCAGGGCAGGUUUUUGCAGGUUGCAGAGGCUCUGUGGCUUAUGGGCAUGGGUGAGGGAGCUGAAUGCCCUGGAGGAGCACUGACACAUCCUGAGUCUUCUACCUGCUGUUGUGCCACUGCACUCAGGUAUUCUGGUUCACUUCAUACAACUGCAGUAUUUGUCACCACACGCUGUCUGAUCUUCUUGGAGUCCCUUGUCCGAGCUGCCUUCCCCAUCUUCUGAGGACUAGGUGAACACGGUCGGUAGCCUAGUGGUUAGAGCGUUGGACUAGUGACCAGAAGGUUGCAAGUUCAAACCCCCGCACUGACAAGGUACAAAUCUGUCGUUCUGCCCCUGAACAGGCAGUUAACCCACUGUUCCUAGGCCGUCAUUGAAAAUAAGAAUUUGUUCUUAACUGACUUGCCUGGUUAAAUAAAGGUAAAAUAAACCUGAUAAGGGAAUGUGUUUAAAGUAAUGACUAAAGGAUUCCACCCUGAAAUCAUUGAAAUGUGUUAGUCAUAAUUCCAUAAUAUGUGUGACUAGAUCAUUGUGUUGCUGUGUAGUGGUGUGAGAGUUGAGAGAACAAAGAACAACAGGAAAGAGGCUCCUUCCAAGGUCCCUCUUAUCUGGGGAGGAAAGGAACGGAGAGAAACUGCCAAGGCGGGUAGAAAAGUGAUCAACUCUGUGUGUGUGUGUGUGUGUGUGUGUAAGUAGGUGGGGGUGAGAGUUAUAAAAUGACAUGUCUUUGCAUUUCGGACUUUAGAACAUUCUCUGAAUAAACCUUACGGACCUUUUGCAGAAGUUGAGUCUUUGCCUAA